AUGUGGGUCUUUGGGAAGAUCAGGGAGAGCAUGGAGAGCAUUCCUCUAGAGCUGAGUCGUUACAUCAGGAAGAGUGAGGAGGAUAUCUUUCUCUCCUCUAAGGCCAGUCUCUCUCACAAGUUGCACAACAACAUCCUCACCCCAGACAAGAUCCCAGAGUUUUGUUUGCCUCCGCGACUUUGCAAGAGAAGCCCGCUGCUGGAAGCUGAGACAACGGCACCGAACUUGGACGGUCAGAACCGGAUAACCAACAGCAGCACUUCUUCAAGCACUACACGUGUAAAGACAACGGAUGUGAAGACGAAGAAUGGUGAUGCAUCAGUGGCUUGUAAGGUUACAAAGAAACCUUUGCCGUUCUCUGCAGAGGGGUACGGCCUGACUGGGAUAUAUGAGAGCCCCAACACUCGAAGGAAAGAGUCUUUGUUUCACUCAAAGUGCCCUGUUUACAUGUUUGAUAGAAGCAUUCCUACUGCAGCACGCAGGCUGGCAAAGGAGACAAACCCACCCAAGAAAACUUUAUCUGGAUAUCUUCCUCUGUUUUUGUCCAAGAGUCUGUCAGAGACUGGAAGCACAGAAAGUGAAACACCAUCUUCCAGUGACUCUUCUCCCAUCAGUUCCCCUUAUAGCGCUAAAUCCUCCCUUUACAUCCCAUCGGGCAGUGGCCGUCUUAAGGGAGCAACAUCCUGUCCUUCGUUAACUGACAGCAUGGAGGACAGAGGGAGGUGGUCGAGGGGGGGAUUCAGUUCAACAACCUCUCCCAGUAGCCCUCCAAGCUUAGAGGGAAGCUCACUCACCUUAGCCCCACCUGUCCUCUUCCCCCUGGAUGUUCUGCAGUGUCAGGAGCGGUUUCCUCGUGAGCACGUCCUCCCUUUGCUGGGCCGUGGUAAAGUGCGCCUCUUCGCUCAGCACACCACAUUCUCCACCAACACAUUCUCAUCAUUUUCCACAGUCAGAGUCCGUGUGGUGUCUGUGGAGGGCCUGUGGAACGAUACUGACCGACGAACCCUGAACUGUGCAGUGAAUCUGUGUCUGACCCCGGGGAAGCUGCAGCAACAGGUGAGCGCCACCAUCAGGAACUGCCGCAGCCCUGUGUUUAAUGAAGAUUUCUUCUUUACAGAGCUCAGUAGAGAGGAUCUGCUGGACCUGCAGCUCAGGAUAAAAGUGGUGGAUAAACCUGCAGCUGGAACAUUGAGAAGAGGGACAGUGAUUGGGGUGAUCACCAAACCACUGUCUCAGUUACUCCCUCUUAAAAAACGGGUAGAGGAAUAA